CAAAAGGAAAAUCUGAGAAAUGCUGCGGAUGUCUAGGACGUCCCUCCAGGGUCUGAGCCCGAGGAGAUGGCGAAAUGCAGUAAAACUAAAAAGAAAAUUGCAUAAAAUUCAGUCAGAGGAGAAAACAACGAAAGCCCCGAAGAGUUCUUUGGAAAUAAGAAGAGAAUUUCUGGAUUACUUUUUGGAUCUUGACCACAAGAUCAUCUCCUCGAGUCGUGUGACUCCGGUGUUCGAUCCAUCAGUGGCAUUCACGAAUGCAGGUAUGAAUCAAUUCAAGGGGAUAUUCCUGGGGGACAUGGAGCCUCCACAUCCACGAGUUGUCAAUCACCAGAAGUGCGUGAGAGUUGGGGGAAAGCACAAUGACCUGAAGGCAGUGGGAAUGGACAACUACCAUCACACCUUCUUCGAGAUGCUGGGGAAUUGGUCGUUUGGGGAUUAUGGAAGAAGAGAGGCAUGUGCUUAUGCCUGGGGAUUGCUGACAGGACCAUUUGGAAUUUCAAAGGAACGACUGUACGUUACGUAUUUCUCCGGAGAUCCAUCCCUGGAGCUUCCCCCAGACCUGGAGACCAAGGAGACGUGGUUGUCCCUGGGGCUGAGUCCCUCCCAAAUUGUGCCAUCAGGCCUCCAGGAUAAUUUCUGGGAGAUGUCGGUGACGGGACCCUGUGGUCCCUGCACUGAGAUCCACAUCAACACCUGUCAAAAUCCCUCAUCAAGUCGUUCUUCAGAUCUUAAAGAACUCUGGAACCUCGUCUUCAUCGAGCACCAGCGCCUCCAGGAUACUACAGUUCAGCCCCUUGGGUGUCAUCACGUGGACACUGGUAUGGGUUUUGAGAGGCUAGUUGCAGUACUCCAGGGGAAGACCUCCAACUACGACACCGAUCUCUUCGUACCGAUCUUCGAUGCCAUCAGGAGGUCGUCGUCGGCUCCUCCCUAUCAAGGAAAAUUCGGUGACAGUGAUCUGUCAGGACUGGACACGGGGUACAGAAUCCUCGCUGAUCACGCCAGGAUGAUCACCACGUGCAUAUCUGAUGGAAUGAUCCCAGAGGAGAACCACAAAUUGAGAAGAGUCAUCAGGAAGUCGAUAAACGUUGGAAGGGAUGUCUUCAGGAGAGAGAAAAUUCUCUCCGACGUGUGCUGUCAGGUCGCUGAGACCCUCGGAGAAAUUUACCCAGACAUCUCCAGGAAUUUAAAACGAGUUCAGACAAUUGUUGAGUAUGAGGAGGACCUUCUGCAGGAUCUGAAGAGCUGCUCGGGGAAGAUCUGGGGAGAAAUCGUAAAACAGAGGCCACAACUGGGGGCCAUCAGUGAUCCUUACGCCUCAGGCCUCGUUCUGGGGUACAAAGAACUCCAGAAGCGACUCCUGGAGGUCCCAGGGAUGAAAAAUAUACCUGGAGAUCUGGGGUUCAAGCUUUAUGACACGUAUGGACUGGAUCCCGAGGUCAUUGAGGAACUCGCUGAGGUCGAGGGGCUGGGAUUCAAUAGGAAAGAGUUCGAGGAGGUCAUGGAGAAGGUCAGGAAGAAUUCCAGGGCUGGAGCGAGGACUCAGGAAUCCCUCGGGGAAACCGAUGAUCAGGGGAAGUACCAGUACUCGAGGGAGGACGAGGGGUAUGUGUUCCAGGAGGUGCAGGCCAAGGUGGUGGGGAUUUUGAUCGAUGGUGAAUUAAUACCAGAGAAGACUCUCCAUCUAGAGUCUUCAUUAAAGAAUAAACAAAUUGGGAUAAUUCUGGAUAAGACGUCGUUUUACACCCCAGAAGGUGGUCAACUCUCCGACAAGGGACGCCUCAGGAUAAAAAAUCUCGUCUUCAACGUGUCAGAGGCCCAGAAAUUGCAGAAUCACGUGAUUCAUUUGGGAAAGUUCGAUCCAUCGAAUUACACUGAUAAAAUUAAUAAAUUAUCAAUUAAUGACGACGUGAAGAUAUCUCUCGAUGAAGUCCACAGGGUCUCGAUGAUGAGGCACCAUACAGCCACUCAUCUCCUCAAUUCUGCCCUCAGAAAAAUAUUUCCAGCUAUUUCUCAAAGGGGAAGUGUUGUUACUCGUGAAAAUCUAGUGUUUCAGUUCAGUUCUUAUGGGAAAAUAAUUUCUCCGGACGAUGUGAAGUCGAUCGAGAGGUUGAUUAAUAAAUGUAUCGGUGAUGGAGUCCCUGUGAAGACUAGAAUUGUUGAUUCUAUUGGAUUUAACGGAGAGGAGGAGUUAAUUCUAGUUCCUGGAGCGAUUUAUCCAGAGAAAAAUCUGAGAAUUGUGGAGAUCGAUGGGGAGCAGUUGAAGUCAAAAGAGGCGUGUUGUGGAACGCACGUUCACAACACGAGUGAUUUAAAAUACUUUCGAAUAAUUGAAAUAGCAUCGAAAGGUUCGUCCUCUCGAGCAAUAACUGCAGUGGCAGGUCCUGAGGCUCGAGAUGCAUCCUCGAAAAUUCUAUCAGAUGUCCCUCCAGGAGACUCCAACGACCCCAACAAAAGACGAGAGAUGGUCCUGGACUUUAUGAAGAGUGAAAUUAAAUUUGCAGUUGAGAGCACAACUGAGAAUUUCGUUGUGCACUGUCUUCCAUCGGAUUCAAUCGAAGUUGAGAGCUUUCCCCUGCAGAAAGCGGGGGAAUUAUAUCCAGAAAAACCGAUUUUCAUCAUCGCAAAGGGAAAGAGGAAAGUCAGAGCUCGAUGUUUCGUUCCAGAGAAUUUCGUCACUCAGACUUUCAACGCUGACUUGUGGAUGAGAUCAGUAAAUAAAAUUUUCAACUCAACUCUAGGUUCUUUCGACGACGAAAAUCCGGUGUUGACUCGUCACACGAGAGUCUUGAAACUCCCGAAGGCAGAAAUUCAUUCUAGAGUUAAAAAAUCAAUCGAAGAGGCAAAGGAAUUCGCACUGAAGAACUGCAGAAAACCGUAAGUGUGGAAUCUCCUGACAAAUACAAAUAAAGUCAUUAUUUUUAAUUCAAUUUGUAAAUAAUCUAUAUUUAUAAAAUUAUCUUCCACCGACAGAACACGGGUUU